AUGGAGCUGAACUCUUCGAUACUCCUCUGCAACGACACAGUUGUGUGGACGUGGCUGUCUUCUGUCCAGCCUCCAUUUCUGGCUCUUAUCAGCAUCUUGGGAGUGUUGGGAAACAGCCUGGUCCUCUGCGUGUUCAGCCUCCAGCGGAAGCCGUGCAGCGUAGCUGAUGUGUAUCUCGGCAACCUGGCAGCUGCAGACCUCAUUAUGGUCCUCUGUUUGCCCUUCUGGAUGGUCACCAUUUCCCAGGACUAUCAGUGGAACUUUGGCCAAUUGCUCUGCAAAGUGAUCAACACCGCCAUCCCCAUGAACUACUAUUGUAGCGUACUCUUCCUAGUGCUGGUCAGCGUGGACCGCUACCUUGCCCUGGCUAAACCCAUGAAUCCCAGUAGAAUGAGGUGCCCCAAAUGGGCCAAGCGUAUCUGUGUGAUAGUUUGGGUGGCCAGUUUCAUACUCAGCCUCCCGAACUUGCUUUUCCGAAGAGUACGUUUCUUUUCAACCUUAGAAGUUGAAGCCUGCUACCUGGCGUAUCCUCAUCCAGCCUGGAUUCUCCAGCGCAACCUUACAAGAAACUUAAUUGGAUUCCUGGUUCCACUGCCAGUCAUUUCAUUUUGCACUUUCCACAUAGUCAAAGCCCUUAAAAAUCGUAGUCUGAUGAUUCAGCCGAGAGUUCAGACAGAGAGAAAGGCUGCUAAACUUGUUCUGACAGUCCUCAUUGUGUUUUUCCUUUGCUGGGCACCCUUUCAGCUGAUGCGGUUCCUCAGCACCCUCGACUACUUUCAACUCAUUUCGGGAUGUUUGUGGGAGGACAUAUUGCAAAUAGGCAUUCAGCUGGCAACCUAUUUAGGGUACAGCAAUAGUGCAAUAAACCCAUUCUUGUACGUCAUUGUAGGAAGUCACUUCCGGAAAAGAGCUCGAGGAGUUUUUCAGAGUCUUCUUUUGUCUUCUAGAAGGAAGAGCAGUUCUUCUGUUCUCACAAACGUCACUGUUAUUAGCAAGUGCGGCGACAGUCCUAAAGAUAACAGAGUGACACUACUGACACUGAAGAGAGUAUAUCCACCCCUCACACAUCAAAUCAUGAGCAGGUCAUCAUGAAGAUGCAAAGAAUCUCAAAUGGGUCAACAUCAAGG